AUGGAAAGGGACCGAGGCUCCCAUGUCUCUGCCACUGACUGUUUUGGCCAGAUGUGGGGGGGCGCAGGCAGCUACCUGGGAGAAGGUGUCCAGUGCAAUGUCCCAGUCGAUCAGGUUUGGGUCGCUGUCCAGGGUGGGUUUUGA